AUGGCAAGACAGAAAACGCAGAAACAGAGGAGAAAAAGAAGUCCAGACAAGUCGGCAGCAGCCCGCUGCAGUGAACGUAGCAGCAGCAGCAGCAGCAGCAGCAGCAGCAGCAGACGGAGCGGCAGCAGCAGCAGCAGAUCGAGCAGCAGCAGCAGCAACAGCAGACUGAACAGCAGCAGCAGACUGAGUAGCAGCAGCAGCAGCAGACUGACUAGCAGCAACACACUGAGCAGCAGCAUCAGCAGACUGAGCAGCAGCAGCACCAGCACUAAUAGUAGCAGCAACAGCAGACUGAGCAGCAGCAGCAGCAGCAGAGUGAGCAGCGGUAGCAGCAGCAGAUUGAGCACCAGAAGCAAGAGCAAACUGUGGAGCAGCAGCAGCAGACUGACCAGCAGCAGCAGCAGCAGCAGCAGAGGCACCAGACGGAGCACCAGCAGCAGAUUAGGCAGCAGCAGCAGCAGCAACAGCAAACUGAGCACCUUUGGGCCCGAGAACCAGCAGCGGAGGCUGCAGCAGCAGCACCAGCAGCAGCAGCAGCAGACUGAGCAGCAGCAGCAGCAGCAGCAGCAGCAGACUGAGCACCAGCAGCAGCAGCAGACUGAGCAGCAGCAGCAGACUGAGCAGCAGCAGCAGCAGCAGCAGACUGAGCAGCAGCAGCAGCAGCAGCAGCAGACUGAGCACCAGCAGCAGCAGCAGCAGCAGCAGACUCAGCAGCAGCAGCAGCAGCAGCAGACUGAGCACCAGCAGCAGCAGACUGAGCACCAGCAGCAGCAGCAGCAGCAGCAGCAGACUGAGCAUCAGCAGCAGCAGCAGCAGCAGCAGACUGAGCAGCAGCAGCAGCAGCAGCAGCAGACUGAGCAGCAGCAGCAGCAGCAGCAGCAGACUGAGCACCAGCAGCAGCAGCAGCAGCAGCAGACUGAGCAGCAGCAGCAGCAGCAGCAGCAGGCUGAGCACCAGCAGCAGCAGCAGCAGCAGACUGAGCACCAGCAGCAGCAGCAGCAGCAGACUGAGCACCAGCAGCAGCAGCAGACUGAGCACCAGCAGCAGCAGCAGCAGACUUAG